AUGUUGACUAUCACUGGAACCAACUUCUCACCAUAUUCAUAUUUGACCCAGAUGUCCAACACCAUCAGGUCUGAUGAAUCUUCUUCCUCCUCAAUGUUGUUGUUCAAGAAUCUAGACUCUUACAAUCUCUCAUGGGGACCUAUCUUCAUCAAGAACUCUGGUGUCGAGUCAAACGCCAUGCAGAUCUAUCUUCAGCCAGUACUAACUAGUGUCAAACUUGACAGAACUGGCUUCGACGCAACUGGACUAUACCUCGGGAUCACAAGUUCGAACAAUACUCAAGUGGACUUCACCCUCAAGAUCAACUCUGUGACGGUGUCUGCCCAACAAGUGGUUGAAACAACUAAAUCACUCAAGUUCACUCCACCCUCCCCUCUUUCAGCAAUUUACAAUCAAUCAACAUUGAAUGUCUUGGUGGAGCUGACCAUAAACUUCCCAAACAAUCCUAUGUCAGCAUCAUGCCAAUCUUUGAUCAAUAUUCCAACAAUCAACACCGCAACCUACCCUUCAGUCCAGCCACCCACAGGACCAGCCAUGAUCACCAUCAAUGGCGAUAACUUUAACACCACGAGAAACGCAACCAUUGGUUCGAACACCUACUCGACCAACAAUAUCGAGGUCUCCUCCAACACUGUCAUUGUCAUGGUUGCGACACCAGUGGAGUCAAUUUCCACACUCUCGCUCAGAUUCUCAGAUGGCCAUUGUCUCUGGCAGCUGGACUCAUCAUUCAUUCAAUUUGGAAACUACAAACCUCCCUGCCAGUCAAUUGACAACAACAUCAAGCAAUGCAAUCUCUCUCAAUGUACUGGAUGCUUGAGCUGCAAUCUUUUCACCUACAGCAACUCGAUGACCUAUUUCUCCCAGCCAUAUUACUACACCUCUCAAACCCUCUCUUCGGUCGCAUUCAAGGGCAACUUGGUCACAGUUGUCGUUGAUCUGCACUGCUCUCAAACGAUCUAUUCUGAUCUCCUUUCAUUGAUCUCAAUCAGCGUAGACAUGGUUGAUUGCCAGAACAUUGUUAUGGUGAAGGACAAUGAAUUCACCUGCACUCCCCAGCGUUCAGCUGGUCCUGUUCUAGUGACUCUUCUUGGACAGAGCUCAAACAUUAUUCAGUUGGAACAUAAUCCCAAUAUUGCCUCUCUGUCCCAGACAGUCCAACUGAGUACGAUUGUGAUAAUAAUCAUCAUUAAUAUAUUAUUAUAA